AUGUCGGGCGAGGAAUCGAAUACAACUGCUGACCUGACUGCGGCUCAGCAGGAAGCGCUGCAAACCUACAUCGCAGUGACCAGUCAAGAACCCUCGGACGCGAUACCUUUACUACAACGUUCCGAGUGGAAUGUCCAGAUUGCCAUCACAAAAUUCUUCGAUGGCGAAGGCCCUGACCCGCUCGAAGAAGCUCAGGCUUCGACUCCCACACCUGCUCCCCGAGUCCCCCAAAACCUGAUGAAUGACUUGCCUCGCCCGUCCCCGUUUAGACCACACACCCUGCAACCGGCACCGAGAAUAUCCACGCAGUCGAGCGAGCCAGCGCCGUUUCGACCUCCUUUUCUCCUGGCGAUCAUCUUUUCCCCAUUCAACUUCCUAUAUCGAAUAUUAUCGAGCUCCCUCCGUUUGUUUGGAACGCUUUUUCCGUUCUUGCCCCGGAUCUUAAACACUUUCGCGGUAUCUGCCCUCCAAAGCAGCAAGCGAGGCGCUAGUGGACGGAGAACACUGGGGCCAAAAGACACAGCCGUACGGUUUACACAUAACGGGUACAACAUGGCAUUGGAGAAGGCCCAUGCGGAGCUGAAGUUUUUACUGGUGGUCCUUUUGUCCCCUGAGCACGACGAUACGAAUGGUUGGGUCCGCGAUACCCUCCUCAACGAUGAAGUUCGGGAUUUCAUCGCUGACUCUAGAAACAAUAUUUUAUUAUGGGGCGGCAACGUUCAAGACUCCGAGGCCUACCAAGUCGCAACCUCAUUGCGUUGCACCAAAUUUCCAUUUGCUGCAUUAAUAGCCCAUACCCCAAGCGUCUCGUCCACUGCCAUGUCCAUCAUUGCCCGGAUCCCUGGUUUGACGUCCCCAUCCGCUUUUCUUGAAAAGGUCCGGACCGCUGUAAACCAAAGCAAGGCUCCUCUUGACCGAGUACGGUCAUCUAGAGCAGAGCAACAAGCCACCAGAACACUGCGCGAGCAGCAGGAUUCUGCAUAUGAACGGUCACUCGCCAUUGACCGCGAGCGUGCGCGGCAGAGAAGGGAAGCGGAGGCCGAGAAAGCACGAUUAGAGCGGGAAGAACAAGAGCGGCAGGCGGCGGCUGAGAAAUUUGCUCGAAGCCUCGAGCAAUGGAGACAGUGGCGGGCUCAGUCUAUUCCCGCCGAGCCGCCGGCGACGGAUACGGAAUCUAUCCGGAUCAGCAUCCGCCUACCUUCUGGUGAGAGAGUCAUUCGUCGAUUUCCUGGGAACUCUAAUAUUGAAGAGCUAUACGCAUUCGUGGAGUGCUACGAGGUCCUCAAAGCUCAGUAUGAAGAUGCUGCAUCGUCAGCGGCUGAGGUAACUGAGCCGGAAGGGUUUGAGCACAAGUAUGGUUUCCGCUUGGUAUCGCCCAUGCCCCGUGUGGUAUACGAAGUAACGACGGGAGGAACGGUCAAAGAACGGGUUGGGAAAGGCGGUAAUUUGCUGGUUGAAAUUAUACAAGACGAAGAUGAUUCUUCUGCAGAGGAGUAG